UCAUUGGUCGCUGGGGAGGCAGCCAGGGUCCACUAGCCCCAGGCCUGGGGACCGUGCUCCUCCAGUUAACGCUUGAGCACCUGCACUCAGCUCAACUGGGCAGAGGAGCUGCGGUCCUCAACCAGCUGGGGGUUUGCUUCCAAGUCUGCUCUGCUCCUUCCGGAACAGCUCAGCCCCCUCACCAGGAAUCCCCUGGAACAGCCCAGCCAGCCCUUUCCCAGCCCACAAGGACCCCCCUGAAACAGUUCAGCCAGCCCCUUCACAGACCACCAGGACCCCCUGUUACCACACAUAAGAGCUGUAGCCCACUUUGCCAAGAUGUCCAAGGUGGCUAAGUACCGGCGGCAGGUGAGCGAGGACCCUGACAUUGACAGCCUGCUGUCCACCCUGUCCCCCGAGGAGAUGGAGGAGCUGGAGAAGGAGCUGGACGUGGUAGACCCCGACGGGAGCGUCCCGGUGGGGCUGCUGCAGAGAAACCAGACUGACAAGCCAGCCACAGGUACCUACAACCGCGAGGCCAUGCUCAACUUCUGUGAAAAGGAGACUAAGAAGAUACUCCAGAAGGAGAUGUCCAUGGAGGAAAGCAAGCCAGUGGAGCCCCAAACAGAUACCAAGAACGGAGGGGACAAGGGCAGCAGCAAGAAGUCCUUGGGCCCCCGACGGGACUCAGACAUUAGGAAGGAGCCCAGGAAGGGUGUCUUAAAGAAAAGUUUCUCGAAAGAUCUGGAGGCUUCUGACGGUCGGAGCGGAGAGAGGCCCAAGGAGGAGAAGAUCAUCAGGGGCAUUGACAAGGGCCGGGUGCGGGCUGCUGUGGAUAAGAAGGAGGCCGGGCGGGACGGGAAAGGGGAGGAGAAGGCCGCGGCCCCGCUCAAGGACGAGGAGAAGAAGGAGACGAAGGGGAGAGACAGGAGCUUAGGCUUGGGCAGAGAUGGGGUGAAGAGAGAUGAGACGACUACAGAGACCGCAAAGAAGGAGGAUGCGGGGAAGACCCCAGGGGACCCCAGGAAGGAGGAAGAGAAGGUGAAGACAGCCAGGGGGAGCUCGGAUGUGAAAAAGAAGGAGGAGGAGCAGGUGAAGAGAAGGAGCGCCGAGACCAAAAGGGAGGACGAAAAGGCCCCAGAGAAAGCGCCUCCAAGCGAGAAGGCAGCGAAAGAAGACAGCAAGUCCAAGCAAGCCCCGGGAGUGGCCCCCAAGGCGGAGGAGGAAGCGGCCCCCAGCAUCUUCGACGAGCCGCUGGAGAAGGUGCGGAACAACGACCCCGAGAUGACGGAGGUGAACGUGAACAACUCGGACUGCAUCACCACCGAGAUCCUGGUGCGCUUCACCGAGGCCCUGGAGUUCAACAGCGUGGUCAAGGUGUUCGCGCUGGCCAACACGCGCGCCGACGACCACGUGGCCUUCGCCAUCGCGCUCAUGCUCAAGGCCAACAAGACCAUCACCAGCCUGAACCUGGACUCCAACCACAUCACGGGCAAGGGCAUCCUGGCCAUCUUUCGGGCGCUGCUGCAGAACUCCACGCUGACCGAGCUGCGCUUCCACAACCAGCGGCACAUCUGCGGCGGCAAGACGGAGAUGGAGAUCGCCAAGCUGCUCAAGGACAACAGCACGCUGCUCAAGCUGGGCUACCACUUCGAGCUGGCCGGGCCGCGCAUGACCGUCACCAACCUGCUCAGCCGCAACAUGGACAAGCAGCGCCAGCGGCGGCUGCAGGAGCAACGCCAGGCCCUGGAGGCCCAAGGGACGCUGCAGCCGCCCAAGGCCCCCGCCCUGCCCCGCAUCUCCCCGCAGGCCUCGCCGCAGCCCUCGCCCAAGGCGCCCGCCAAGAACUCGCCCAAGAAAGGGGUCACCCCGGCGGCCCCGCCUCCGCCACCCCCUCCGCUGGCCCCGCCGCUCAUCGUGGAGAACUUGAAGAACUCCCUCUCGCCUGCCACCCAGAGGAAGAUGGGCGACAAGGCCCUCCCCGCCCAGGAGAAGAACUCCCGCGACCAGCUGCUGGCCGCCAUCCGCUCCAGCAACCUCAAGCAGCUCAAGAAGGUGGAGGUGCCCAAACUGCUUCAGUAGGACCAGCCACCGGGCACUGCACAGUAACCCCCCCGCUCGCCUGCCCCCCCUGCUGUGGACACCCCUCUUCUGCCGCGGGAGAGCCAGAGGCCUGAGCCAUGCCAGGAGGCCACCUCAUCCACCUCACACCCCUUUUCUUGUCCCUGAGGCUCCGCACCAGUUUCUUUGUGAUUCUGAAGCCAGGACUUCUGGACCAGAAGAGUCCAGUGAGCUGAAGGUCGAAGCUGGCAGGUUGGGCCCACAGAGCAAGGCCUAUGAUCCCAGAAAGAGGCCCCACGGCGGCCAUACAGCCACCUCAGCCUGCUGCCCACAGGGCCAGGAUCCAGGCUUCUGAGGAGCCCUAUGGGCAAGGCUGAGGGGAAGUGGUUCCCUGCUGGGGCAGAGGCAGAAGAUGGAGGCCCUGAGAGAAGAGGGGCUGAGGGGCCCCCCAACGUCUCCUGGUCUUGUCAGAGGAUGUGGCGAGGUGGCUGGCCCAGACUGCCUGGUGGGGAGUGGGCUGCAGAGGGAGAAGGUCAGGCAGCAGCUGGACCUAGGGGUUUGAUGCCAAAGCAGACAUUUCCCUCACACCCACCUGCUCUUGUAUAAAUAGCUGUGGACCUGUUUUUCCAUAAGAUUUUGAUAAUAUAUACAAGCCCUUAGCUGAUAGGAGUGACAAUGCUUCAUCGAGGGACCUGGUGCUCACUCUGGGCUCCAGGGAAGAUUUGGGAAACACCGACUCUCACAGACCAAGUGCACACCCAGUAUCGGGUGAGCCAGAGCCAGUAUCGGGGAGCACCUGAGCCCUGAGUAGAGGCUCCGCUCCUGGAGGCACUAGUGGGGCAUCCCUCUGUAGGUGGCAGGCCAUGGAGCCAGCCAGGAUGGCUAUAUUAGGCAUGUUCCCCAGACACUCAGCCCAGGACUCUUCCCACCCUGGGCUCUGGGCCAGCUGCUCUCUGCAGCCUAGCACCCAGAGAGACCGGCAGACAAGUGGGGGGACCACUGGGGUAUAGUACCCACACCUGUGUGUUCAUCGAUGCUGCCCCCCUACUUGCCCACCCCACCUCUGCCCCUCCCCAUACACUGGGUGGACUUUCUUUUUCUUUCUUUUUUUUUCUUUUCUUUCACCUGCCUGCCUUUCUUUCCCAGAGCACUGCUCACCUCUACUUAUAGUGGUGCUGGGAAUUGAACCUGGGACCUUGAAGCCUCAGGCAUGAGAGUUUCUUUGCAUAACUAUUACGCCACCUCCCCCACCCCCGGGGGACACUUUCCAAAGCAUCUUCAAGCUCCCUGGUGGCGUGGGCAGCAAGGAGCUGACAGGCUUUUGUGCACAACACACCCGGGGUGUUGCCAGCUCUGCAGGUGUAGACAGAAACAGGCUGGCCGUGGAGUGAGGCUCAGACCACAGGCCUCUCAGGUCUCCGGAGUCCUCCACUUCUGCACCUCAGGAAGCUAAGACUGGCCCAGCAGAGGGAAGACACGCUGCCCCCGCCCCCACCCUGAGCCCCCGAGGGCUUAGCGGAGCCAGGUCCAGCUCGGUUCUGGAACCUGCACUGUGGGUGCAGCACUGCCUGCACCUCAGGUGAGUGGCAGGGCUGUGUGUACUCUGCAGGUAACUGGAGGCCCAGAGAAGUCAGACCUAAGGCUGUAGCCACACAGCCCAGCUCUCCCGCCCUGCACUGCAUCUGUAACACCCGCACCAAGCUGCAACACCGCGGGCUAACCGAGCCCGAAGCACACCCCACCACCACCACCACCUUGUGAGAGUCUGUUACUUUAAGAGCCCUUUCUACAGUGAGUCGGGUGGUAGCACAGCAGGUUAAGCGCAUGUGGCACAAAGCGCAGGGCAGGCUUAAGGAUCCCGAUUCGAGCCCCCGAUUCAAGCCCCCGAUUCGAGCCCCGGCUCCCCACCUGCAGAGGAGUGAAGCAGGUCUGCAGGUGUCUUUCUCUCCCCCUCUCUGUCUUCCCCUCCUCUCUCCAUUUUCUUUCUGCCCUAUCUAACAACGACGACAUCAACAACAACAAUAACUAUAACAAGGACAAAUAAAUAAAAAUUAAAAAAAAUUUUU